AUGGCGUUGCUGCCGGUGCUGCUUUUGGGGGCGUUCUGUGCCAUGUUGGGUACCGGCCUGGGAGCGGUGGAAAGCGAGCACCCCAAGGAUGGCGAGUGCAAAGUGAAGACGGUGAGCGUGUCGGCUCUGCCGUUCCUCCGGGAGAACGAUCUGAGCAUCCAUACCCCGCUAUCGUCGGAGCCCAAACUCCUGUUCUCGGUCAGGAACGAUUUCCCCGGAGAGGUGGUGGUUGUUGACGACCUGGAGAACACAGAGCUUCCCUAUUUCGUCCUGGAGAUAUCUGGCUAUGCUGACGAGAUCCCUCAUGUUCGCUGGAGGCAACAAUGGCUGGAAAAUGGGACCUUGCUUUUCCACGUUCACCAUCAAAAUAUUGCUCAUCGUUUACCAGGCCUGAUCCCAACUAUCUACUCAGAAUCAGACUCUGCUGAGGAAGAACUCCGAAUUCUUCACAUUUCUGUGAUGGGGGGAAUGAUUGCCCUGCUCUUAGCAAUCUUGUUCCUUGUCUUGGUGCUCUACACUCGGCGUCGGUGGUGCAAACGUCGCCGUGUCCCACAGCCACAGAAGAGCGCCAGUGCAGAAGCCGCAAACGAAAUCCAUUACAUCCCAUCGGUCCUGAUGGCGGGUCAGAACCGGGAGAGCCUGCGGAACUCCCGGCUGCAGGGGCACAACUCCAGUGGGUCGAUCAGUAUCCGGGAGACACCAAUCCUGGACGGUUAUGAGUAUGACAUUGACGACCUUCGCCAGCAGCUGCAGAGGGAGUGCAUGAAUGGCGGGGAGGAUUUUGGCAGCCAGGUGACACGCACGUUGGAUUCACUUCAGGGGUGCGAUGAGAAAACGUGCUUGGAUCUCACUCCAGGAAGUGAUACCACCAAGUUGUCACUCAUGAAUAAAUACAAGGAGAACUUCCUAGCCACCAGCCCCGUGGACAUCAGCCACCAGCAGACAGCUCUCCUCCCACGCAGCACCUCUGGAGGACAACGGAAGCGUUUCACAAGUAAAUCCAGAGCUGGAUCUGCCUUCUUGAACCCUGAAGGUGAUUCUGGGACUGAAGCAGAUAAUGAACCUCAGCUGACGUUCUAUACAGAUCCGUCCCGAAGCAGACGCCGUAGCAGAGGUUCUCCCCGCAGCCCCAUCAACAAAACCACCCUUACACUGAUAAGUGUGACAGGUUGUGUAAUUGGGUUGGUUUAUGGCUCUCAUGUGACCUGUCCUUUGUCUGUCAAAGUUAUUCUUCACGUUCCUGAGCAUCUUAUUGCAGACGGUAGCAGAUUUGUCUUGCUUUACGGAAGUCAACUUGUUGCCAGUGAUUGGCUGAACCCAGCCCAGGUUUUACUGUACUACCAGCAGAACAGUAGUGGGCCCUGGGUAAUGGAGUUAUGUGGGUGUCGUCUAACUGACCCUUGUGAGCAUGAGUGCGACGUGGAUACAGGAGAAUGUGGAUGCCAGGAGGGAUAUACAAGAGAUCCUGUGCACAAACACCUCUGCAUCAGGAAUGACUGGGGGACAAAUCAAGGCCCCUGGCCAUACACCAUGUUUCAACGUGGUUUUGAUCUAGUGAUGGGUGAACAGCCUUCAGAUAGAAUAUUUAGGUUUACCUACACUCUAGGAGAAGGAAUGUGGCUGCCACUUAGUAAAAGCUUUGUCAUUCCUCCAGCUGAACUUGCAAUCAACCCUUCAGCUAAAUGCAAGACAGACAUGACAGUGAUGGAAGAUGCAGUUGAGGUCAGAGAAGAAGCCAUGAUCUCUGCUUCCUUUGACAGCCUUGAGGUCCUUCUUGAUUCUUUUGGUCCUGUAAGAGAUUGCACCAAGGAUAAUGGGGGCUGCAGCAGAAACUUCUGCUGCAUCUCUGAUCGCAAGCUUGAUUCAAGUGGUUGUGUGUGCCCUUUGGGUCUCAGCCCAAUGAAGGAUGGCUCUGGCUGUUAUGACAGGCACAUUGGCAUUGAUUGUUCAGAUGGAAUGAAUGGAGGUUGUGAGCAACUGUGUCUGCAGCAGACUGUGCCUCUUCCAGAUAACCCCUCGCUCUACAACAUUGUGAUGUUUUGCGGUUGUAUUGAAGAUUACAAACUAGCUUCAGAUGGACGGAUGUGUCAGCUGAUUUCUGAAUCCUGCACCAGUGGUACAGAUUGUGCUGAUGCCAACAUUUCUCUAAAUCAGACCUGGUUCAGAGAUGUCUUCUAUGGUUACAAUAACCAGACUAAGGAGCUUGCACUUGGACAAGUGUUUGUUGGAACAUUCAGACAGAAGAAUUUUGUGACUGGCAUCCCGCAGCAACUGCCAGAUGGAAUGGUUGCCUCAGCUCUGCCCAGCGAGAGCCAGUGCCAGGAAGAACUAUCUGAGCCUGUACCAGAUCCAGACUACCUCACAGGAAUGGUGAACUUCAGUGAAGUGGCAGGGUAUCCGAUGGUACAGCAUUGGAAGCUGAAAUCAACUCAAUACCGUGUAAAGCUCAACCAACGUACACUUUCUACAGUAUUCACCCACGCUAUCCACUCUUUGGAUGGAGCUACCUUGAGGAAUGACUUUGCAUCUGUGCUGGAGGAAUUUGGCAAUCACUAUAUUCAAGAGGCACUCUAUGGAUUUGAGGAGACAUGUAUCAUUUGGUUUCCAAAUCGCUCCGUUCAGAAGCAACUAUGGAUGGAAUACCAAGAUAUCAGCAAAGGCAAUUCUCCAUCUGAUGAAUCUGAAGAGCAUGAAAAGGAUCCAAAAUCUUUAACUUUUCCAGCCUACAUUGGUAGCCUUCUUGAUUCUGGUGAUGAGCUCAUGGCCUCUGGAGUGAGAAUGUACUGUGAAAACAGGGGAGGUUGCCCGACCUCCUGUCACUUGUGUCAUCCGAAAGGGGGUCAGAACAUGCAGGAAGAACCUGUGUUGCUGGACGUCACCAAGGCAGCACCACUUUAUGAACUGCUUAGUGAUAAUGAAACACAAAAGGCAAUCUUUGAAGCAAUGUUGAGCCUUCUCUGGUGUUCAGGAGGCGGUGAUGUCAUUGAUGACUGGUGUAGAUGUGAUUCUACAACCUUCAGUGUUGACGGCCUACCAAACUGUGCUCCUCUGCCUCAGCCGACUCUGAGGCUGUCACCUGCGCAUGAGCCAAGCAGCUCACUGGUGGUGUUAGAGUGGGACCAUACUGAACCUGCGAUUGGGGUGAAGAUUGUAGACUAUCUCAUCAGCUUGGAAAAGGUCACCAUCACGGACCGAGCAGAAAUGUCUAAGGUAGAGACAGAAUCUGUGCUGAGUUUCGUCGACGACAUUGCUUCUGGAUCCAAGACGCCAUGUGUGAUGCUGGGGAAAGUUCCUGACACAGUGUCAAGCUCAAUAUCAUUAAUAAUCAGAUGCCUUGAACCUGAUACUACAUACAUGUUUUCCUUGUGGACUGUAGACAACACUGGAAGGCGCUCUAGACCAAGUGCGGUUACCGUCAAAGUCCCCUGUCCACUCGUGGAUGACGUUAAGGCUAAAGAAAUUGCCGACAAAAUCUAUAACUUAUUCAAUGGUUAUACAAGUGGAAAGGAACAACAAACUGCAUACAAUACGCUGAUGGAUCUGGGCUCGUCCACUCUACACCGAGUCUAUUACCACUACAAUCAGGACUAUGAGCACUUUGGAGAAUUUACUUGGCGCUGCGAAGAUGAGUUGGGACCGAGGAAAGCUGGCUUGAUCCUGUCCAAGUUGGAGGAGUUGAGCAGCUGGUGCAGAAGCCUCCUUCGGGAGCCCAAAAUCACUCUUGGCCGACUCUCCUUGAAGUAUCUCUCCUGCCGAUACAGUGAAAUGAGGCCCUCAGGAAUAAAUUGGCAGGAACUGAACACAGAGGUCAAGAAGAUCUGUGAGGAACAGUUCCUGACUGUGCUGUACAAUGACUAUGGAGAACAUAAAGACUUCUGA